GGCGCCGCGGGGAGCGCCGGGCGUGCGGCGGCAUGGAGGCGCAGGAGCUGUUUCGGCGGUUGGGUGCUGGUGCCCGCUUUGACGUGCGGCGCUUCGGGCUCGAUGCGCGGAGAUUCGGGGUGAUAAAGGGGAGCGGCUGCAGCGCCUCGUUGGAGAGCCUCGACUUCUUCGGGCGCAAGGAGGGAGCCUCUCUGGGGUCUGUCGUGGAGAGCUGGGGGCUCACAGGGGCUGAAGAGGAGGUAAAGAGUGGAGAACAGCCGCAGGAUGAAGCCGGGAAAAACUAUGGAGAGAUGGCAGGAAAGAGAAAAAGAGCUGCAGAAAGCGGUGGAGGGAAAAGAAAAAAGAAAAAGGCACGAGAAGCAACAUCAAUACCAGAGUUGUCAGAAAGUAAUGGAAUAAAGUGGAUGUCCUCUUUGGAAGCAAAAUUCGAAGUUGCAAAAGACAGAAAACCUACUGCAGAGAAACUGGAACGCUUGAGAAGAGAAAAGAUAAACCGCUUCAGAAAUCAACACAAGAUUAAUGUUCAGGGAACAGAUCUUCCUGACCCGAUUGCAACAUUUGAUCAGCUUCAGAAAGAAUAUAAAGUCCACCCUAAAAUCAUGGAGAAUAUCCAAGCUGCUGGCUACCGUGUCCCAACACCAAUCCAGAUGCAGGCUAUUCCCGUCAUGCUUCAUGGUCGGGAACUUCUAGCUUCAGCUCCUACUGGGUCUGGAAAAACACUGGCAUUCUGUAUUCCUCUUUUAACACAUCUGAAACAACCUCGGAACAAAGGAUUCAGAGCUCUGAUCAUAUCGCCUACCCGAGAACUUGCUAGCCAGACACAUCGGGAGCUGGUGAAGUUGGCUGAGGGGACAGGCUUCAGGAUACAUAUGAUCCACAAGGCAGCUGAAGCAGCAAAGAAAUUUGGGCCCAAGUCUUCUAAAAAAUUUGACAUACUAGUCACUACUCCAAACAGACUCAUUUAUUUGCUGAAACAAGAUCCUCCAGCAAUAGACUUGACCAGUGUGGAGUGGCUGGUGGUGGAUGAGUCAGACAAACUGUUUGAAGAUGGAAAGUCGGGGUUCCGAGACCAGCUAGCCUCCAUCUUCCUGGCAUGCACGUCCCACCUGGUGAGAAGAGCCUUGUUCAGCGCAACCUUUGCACAUGAUGUAGAGGAAUGGUGUAAACUCAGCCUUGACAGUGUUGUUCUGGUGUCCGUUGGAGCAAGAAACUCUGCAGCGGAAACAGUAGAACAAGAGCUGGUGUUUGUUGGAUCUGAGACGGGAAAACUAACAGCAAUGCGAGACCUUGUUAAAAAGGGUUUUGCUCCUCCAGUCCUUGUUUUUGUACAGUCUAUUGAGAGGGCUAAAGAACUUUUCCAUGAACUUAUUUACGAAGGCAUCAAUGUGGAUGUCAUCCAUGCGGACAAAACACAGCAGCAGAGAGAUAAUAUAGUACAGAGUUUCAGAGCUGGGAAGAUCUGGGUGCUUAUCUGCUCAGCCUUACUAGCUAGAGGGAUUGACUUCAAAGGAGUGAAUAUGGUCAUUAAUUAUGAUUUGCCAACAAGUGCGGUGGAAUACAUCCACAGGAUAGGUCGUACUGGAAGAGCAGGGCACACGGGAAAAGCAGUCACAUUCUUUACAGAAGAUGAUAAACCUUUAUUACGGAGUAUAGCCAAUGUUAUUCAGCGAGCUGGCUGUCCUGUGCCAGAUUACAUAAAACACCUUCCCAGACUGCAAAGCAAACAAAAGAAGAAGUUCAUUAAGAAACCAUUGGCAAGAGAAUCCAUUUGUACCACCCCACAGUGUUUCUUAAAAAAAGCCAAAAGAAAAACGAAAACUACAAAGGAAAAUAAGGGAAAAAAGAAAGAAGAUAAAAAUGGCAGUAAAUUGCAGACUGUUUCAAAAAGCUGAAUGAUAGACUACUCAUGAGCUGGGGGUGACACCUGUGUCCGAAUGGAGAUAGCAGCGAUGGUGAAGGGAGACAAACAUUCCUUGUGUUUCCUUCUGGGUGAGGAUGGAUGUUUUAUAAAUAAGAAAGUCUCUACUGAGGAAAUACCAGUAGAAGGUUCCUGAAUGCUUCUUGCAGAAGCUGAAGAGUGUGCUCUUGCAGUAAAUGCCUUGUGUUUCUGAAUAGUUCAAAAAUAGCAUCUGUUUGUGUUACUCUCACGCAGUUCUGUAUUACACCUUGGAAGUACCGUCAGUUCUGUGUUCAGAUCGCCCUAAUAUGUUUGUCAGACUUCCAGAAGAUUCAGUGGCAGAAACCAAACAAAGCUUAGUGUCAGGCUUGGUAAACGCAGCUGUCGGGUUUCUCUGGACACUGAAAAAAACCCACCAAACCUACUUGUAUUGCAUGUGAACGUAAAGCCUUGCUCCUCAUGUUUUUUUCUUAUGUAAAGUCAUUUUGAAAUAACUAAUACUUUCUGUCUGUAAACUCCAGUAAUUUUGUUACUGUUUCAUAUUUAAGCCUUAAAGCAGAAUAAACAAGGUCAUAAAAGAUUGUAAUAGAGACCUGCCCCUCUAUGCAGCUUUGAAAUAAGUCUGCAGCAUUAUUCCUUAGUCUGUUAGGCAAAAGAGGUCAGGCUCCACACAUUUUCUACCUCCUAUUCUGCUAAGUGUGUCCUCAGCUCACUGGGGUUGUGUUAGAAUUCUGGUAAUGCAGGAACAACUUCUCCUUUGCAAGUCUAAUCCUUCUUUAAGCAAGCGUUUCUGUGCAGGAUUGUCCUCUUGCUUUGCCAUGCUUGAUCCAGUUUGGAAAUGGAUCCCCAGGUGUGUCGGUCGUGUGCAGCUGAGCACUGGUAACUGCUUUGCCCAGCUGACAACGGUGAUGUUUGGUGAGAAACUGCUGAUGACUCUCUGCGUCCUGUUUUGCUUAUUCCUGAGCUAGACCAAAGUGGAAUUCUUCUGUUGGCAGAAUUGCAUCUUCUAUUUGGGUUAUAUAGGAAAUAAUGUCUUCAUUUUGACAUCUAUGAACAAAUUUACCUGGAUAGUUUAAUAAAGAUAAGUUGUAUAUUCUGAUAAAUA